AUGGCGAGCGCGGCUGGAGGCGGAGCGGCGGGGGAAGGGGAGUGGCUCAAGGUCGCCCAGCUCAGGGCCAUGGUGGAAGCGCAGGACCCCCGCGCCAAGGAGGUGGACAACCUGACGCUGCGGAGGUUCCUGCGCGCGCGCGACCACGACGUGGACAAGGCCUCCGCCAUGUUCCUCAAGUUCCUCAAGUGGCGGAGGGAGGCGGCGCCCGGCGGCUCCGUGCCGGAGGAGCGGGUGAGGAGGGAGCUGGCGCAGGACAAGGUGUGCAUGGGCGGCGUCGACAGGGCCGGCCGCCCCAUCCUCGUCGCCUUCCCCUCCAGGCACUUCUCCGCCGGCCGUGACAUGGCGGAGUUCAAGAGUUUUGUUGUCUACUUCUUCGACAAGAUCUGUGCCAGAAUCCCCAGAGGGCAGGAGAAAUUCCUCUGCAUCGUUGAUCUCAAGGGCUGGGGGUACUCAAACUGGGACAUCCGGGCAUACAUUGCGGCUAUAGAGAUCAUGCAGAACUACUACCCGGAGCGGCUCGGCAAGGCGCUGAUGAUCCACGUGCCCUACAUCUUCAUGAAGGCGUGGAAGAUGAUCUACCCCUUCAUCGACACCAACACCAGGGACAAGUUCGUGUUCGUGGAGGACAAGAGCCUGCAGGAGACGCUGCGGCGGGAGAUCGACGAGGGCCAGCUCCCGGAGUUCCUCGGCGGGAAGAUGGACGUGAUCCCUCUCAAGGACUAUGGCGUGCAGGUGCAGCAUCCUCAGGCCGUGUGA